UCCUUUGUAAGGCGCAGCAAAAAAGACAAUCAGAUACAAUAUCAGGGAUCUUCUGGUAAGGCUUCUGGCUACCAUUAGUUCUGAAUAGAGAGGAUUUGACGAGAAAAAUGGCUGUGAGUUUUGAAAUGUCUUUGAGAAUUUCUUGGAUUUGUUGCCUGCUAAUUGGAGGGAUAACCUGUUAUCCUCCACCUAAAGGUAAUUAUAGAUAUAUUCCCCAAAAUCAAUUAAAAGGAAUUGGCCACAAUGCAGCGGUAGCUACCGGAUCCCGUGCCUCGGCAGGUGAAGCUACCGGAUCCCGUGCCUCGGCAGGUGAAGCAGCCACCCGUAAUGCCACUGCAAGCGUCACGACUGGCCCAAAUACCUUAGGUGGAGCAACCGGAUCCCGUGCCUCAGAAGCAGUCACCCACAAUGCCUCAGCAAGUGUCACGACUGGCCCAAAUACCUUAGCUGAAGCAACUGGCCAUGGUGCCUCGGUAGUGGAAACAACUGGACACAGUGCCAUGCCAGCGGCCACCCAUAAUGCCUCGGAAGUGGCCACCCACAAUGCUUCAUCAAGCGUAACGACUGGCCUAAAUACCUUAGCUGAAGCAACUGGCCACAAUGCUUCAUCAAGCGCCAUGACUGGCCCAAAUGCCUUAGGUGAAGCAGCUGGCCAUAGUGCCUCGGCAGCGGAAGCAACUGGCCACAGUGCCGCGCAAGCUGCCACCCAGAAUGCCUCGGGAAGUGUGGCAACUGGCCCAAAUACCUUAGCUGAAGCAACUGGCCACAAUGCUUCAUCAAGCGUCACGACUGGCUUAAAUACCUUAGCUGAAGCAACUGGCCACAAUGCUUCAUCAAGUGCCACGACUGGCCCAAAUGCCUUAGGUGAAGCAACUGGCCAUGGUGCCUCGGUAAUGGAAGCAACUGGACACAGUGCCAUGCCAGCGGCCACCUAUAAUGCCUCGGAAGCGGCCACCCACAAUGCUUCAUCAAGCGUCACGACUGGCCUAAAUACCUUGGGUGACAUAUCCGACCCAAGUGCCUCAGCAGAAGCAGCAACCCAUAAUACCUCAGAAAGUGCCACGACUGGCCCAAAUGCCUUACGUGAAGAAGCUGGACACAGUGCCUCGGCAGCGGAAGCAACUGGCCACAGUGCCAUGCAAGCGGCCACCCAUAAUGCUUCAUCAAGCGUAACGACUGGCCCAAAUACCUUAGGUGAAGAAACCGGCCACGGUACCUCAUCAAGUCG